AUGGUCCUGUACGAAUCUUAUAUAGCCCUAAAUAAGCAUAUUAAAAAAGAUGACGUCAAGAAUUUAAUGAAAAACUUUCAUUUUAUAGUUAAUAAAUAUAAUGGUAAUAUAAUAAGCAUUAAUGAUUUGGGGUGGAGAAAAUUCGCCUUUUGUAUAAAAAAACCAAAAGUAGGGACAUUUUAUUUUGGAAGAUUUUAUUGCAUUACCUUUUAUUCAAAUAGUAAAAGUAUUAGAGAUUUGAAUGAGCUAUUUCAUAGUAAUACUUAUAUUUUAAGAUUUUUAAACACAAAAAUGAAAUAUCGAUCGAACUUUCUGGUUGCACCCUUUUCACAUAUUAUUGAAUAA